AUGAAACUAUUACAACUAUUUAUAAUAACGAGUGUAUUAACAUUUGAAACUUCAGCUCUGAAAGGUUUCAACAAAAGAGCCUGGGAUUAUGGUACUUCAGAUAUAACAAAUUAUUUUAAAAAUGAUAAAGAUGAAAGUACGAAAUCUAGUGAAGAACAACAAACUAAAGAAUCACCUAUACCUGAGGAACCCAAAUUAAGUCCAUGUUCAUCCACAAAUCCGUUAACUGGUGGAUUUUUUGAUCUAUCAGAAUUAAGUUCAAUCAAUCAAGAAAAUAUAGUGGCAUGGAGUGCCAAAGGUCAUGAUUAUAAUAAAAAUUUCACAUUGGGUGUAUGUUCAUCACCUUUAAAACCAAAUGUUGAGGUGAAUAAUAACUUUGAUGGCCAUUUUGCUAAAUAUCAAAUAAAUUCUAGUGAAGUUGGUGGGUUUUAUGUGGAUGAAUUUGGUGAUAAGUUCAGUAUUGGUAAUUUUAAUUCCACUCCAGUUUUCAGAGGUAGAAAAUUAACUUUAAGUUAUCAUAAUGGUAGUUACUGCCCAAAUGGUAUUGAUAAGAAAUCAACUUUGCUUUCAUUCAUUUGUGAUAGAGAAAUCUUAUCAAAAGCAACUGUUUCAUUUGUUGGUGUUUUACAUGAUUGUGAUUAUUUCUUUGAAGUUAGAACAGUACAUGCAUGUCCAACGGCUCAAAAGGCAGAUAAUUUAGCACUGAUAUGGAUCUUUUUAUUUAUGUGA